AUGGAAUACACAAAGUAUCAGAGGAAAAUUGGAAGAAGUAGUGAAAGAACUAAAAAAAAACUAAAUAUUGACAUUGCGUCUUUGAGUGAAACAAAAAAGAAAGGACAAGGUAUUGAACAGGUCGGAGAUUAUAUCCAUGUUUACAGCGGAGUACCAAAAGAAAAACGGGCCUGUAAAGGAAUUUCAUUGCUGAUCCACUCGAAAUAUAAAAAGUUUAUAACUAACUGGACACCUGUAAAUGAAAGAAUCCUUACGGCUAACUUGAACCUUCUUGGAUAUAAACUGACAAUUAUUGGAACAUACGGACCCAACGAGGAUGAAGAAGUGGCUCUAAAAGAUCAAUAUAUGGAAUUACUAAAUCAAACAAUCAUAGACAUUGGAAGUACCAGAGAAAUUGUGUUGAUUGGAGAUCUUAAUGCCAGAGUAGGACGAAGACUUAACCAUCAUAUGGUUGGUAGACAUGGUGAAGAAACAGAGAAUGAAAAUGGACGACGCUUAAUUAAUCUAUGCGAGCAACGCGAAUUAAAGAUCAUGAACGGAUACUUUACUCACAGGGACAUUCACAAGUUUACUUGA